GUACAAGGAGACUCUCCACGCUCGACAAAGCCAUCAUGGCCUCGUUCUCGCCAAAGGAGGCAACGACGUAACGAUAGAGUCUCCCUCUGAUUUCGCAUGUGGCGCCGAUUCACGUUUCAAGCUCGAGCCAAGACGACCGCAAUCCACGUGUACCAAAGCCACAUGCUUCGUCGCGUUUUCCGUCGAUGGCGUCACGUUGUCAGCAGAUCAAGGGGUAAUAGCUUGCGAUGCAUGGAAAUGGAACUCUGGCGCGUUCAUCGAUGCCUGCGAGAGUGGCUGCAGUGGCAGACUCACCUGUCGCGACUUCGAAUAUGGUACGCGACCCAUUUCAUGCUGCUUUUUACACGCACGAAUCUUGGUCGCAUUUUCGCCGCAUGGCAUCAACACGCCAGAAAACGCGGAGCUCGACAUCGCGGCAUGGCCAUGCUCGAGUCCAUGACGGAAGCUUUCCUCAACCGGCGGGUGCUGACACUGCUAUACCAUCAUGCUGGACUUCAAAGACAUCUCCGAACGCACAUAGUCUCGCCAACCUUUCAUAAGUGGAGCAUGUUUGCCAAACGACAAGCUGACUGGCGUUUGUAUGCGACCGAAUGUGAGGACUCCAUGGCGCAGCUACAUUGCGCUGUCGCUGUGGCCAAGUGGCUCGACCAUGUGAAGCGACGCCGAGAGAGCCAUCGCUUGACAUUGGCCGCUGUGGCGUAUGCGCGACGCGGGUGGUUUCAACGAUGGAGUCGAACACACCGACAAGUCCGCGCAACGUGCCGUCUCAGCACCGUGCAGAACCAAGUGCUCUUGCGAAGGAUAUUGACCAGCUGGGCGCGGUACCGUCUCCUUGCGCGCGUGGUCGUUGUGGCUUUGAAGCAUGUACACACUCAAUUGGUCAAGGCGAUUCUGGCCGCGUGGAAGCACCGAACGGAUGUGCUGUUGAAACACGCAGCUGCGGUGGUCGCAAUCGAAGACUGGCUGAUUCAACGGCACUUGGCGCAGUGGCGCGCUCGAACAAAAACCCGAAAACACCACAGGACCCUGUACAACGCUGCCACGUCGUUCAACAUCAGAAGCAUCCUUCACGACGCUUUACGCCGCCUCGAAACAGCGGCUUACGCUCAAUGCAAACGACUGGCGAAGUGGAUCGGGUGGCAUGUCAAGUGCCAACCUGUUUGGCGACAAUGGGUUGGCGUGCACAAACUCCAGAGCAAGUUUCGUCGCUGGGCGGCGUACGCCCGCCACUGUCGCUGGAAUCUGCGAGUCACGGGCCGCCAUCUCCGCCUCUUUCGCGAGGGGCAAGGUAUCAAGCGCCAAAUUCUCACGUUUCGACUGUGGUGUCAGUAUGUCGACACCAUUGCGGCAUGGCGAUGUGAGUACAUGGCCGCGAAGCGAACAUGCCUCGUGGAUGUCGUCACCAAUGUCCGCAAGCGCAAAUUGGCACACAUGUACGAUCUGUACCGUCGAUUUCAUGCGUUUUGCGAACGUGCAACCCAUGCCAGGCGCGCGGCCGACUGGUUUUUGAUGCAGCGAACGGGACGGCGAUGCUUGAAAGCAUGGUGGCGAGUUGUGCUGGUGCGCAAGCAAACGCAACUGUUGCGGGUCACCCAAGCAAUGGCACAAACGAAUCGCAAGCAAGGUACUGCUCGAGCGUUUGGCUCGACGACGUCGUAUGCAGUCCGCCAGCGCGAGAUAAAAGACGUGGUGUCGUCGAAGGCGCAUCUGUUAUUCAAGCAGGCACACCCUGUCAAACAAUCCUGGAAGUCGCCCCCAAAGUACCCCGCCCUCCCUCCAAAGGAAACUCCAUCGAGCUCCUCGAGAGCAUGGGCAUCUCCUCUCGCGAAGCCCCGAUCUCCUCUACUCCGUACCAUCGCUUCUCAUCCAAUGGUGAAGCCAGUCCCUGUGGUGAAACCAAAGGUUCGUUCCCCCGACAAGCCUUUUAGUGGGAAGUCGUUGAAAGUCGUCUCGCAGCAAGCCAUCACUCGUGACGCCACCAGUCGGCCAACCAUGCAAGGAAACCCAAACAAACUAUCACCUCAACUUGUGUCGCCGGAGACCUCGAUGGACGUGAUGUCGCAGCCCGCAUCGCCCGCCAUGCAUGGCACAGUAGAGACUGGAUCAGGACUAGAGAGUCCGAUGGCAAUGAAGACAAGAAAUCGACCAACGGAAGCUCUGAGUUGCCACAACCAGGCGCAGGAUCUCGACAAACCUGACGACGUCGCUUGCAACGUUGCCCGUACGCAUGAGCCUGCCACAAAGCAUACCCACGAGCUGCCUGAAACGGUGGCAUUGUGCGGAGCUGAGCAACCGACCGAGAGGGACUUGACAUUCCUCAAUGCGAUCGACGCCAGUUCAACUCAGGACGACAUCGUCCAAGUGGAAAACUCCCACGAAACCAAUGCGCCACCCACCGUCAUGCCCGACAUUCCUGACUUGAUAGCGCUUGCAUGUGAAGACGACACUUGGCAAGCGGCGACCCUAGACACGGCACCUGUCCGUCGGAUCAAGGCGCUCUCCGCCACACCUCCUGCCCCCGUCGCGUCUGGGGCAAUCAUUGCACCAGACGUGACUUGGAACGAAUGCAUCCUCGAGUUACUUGAGCUGUACUCGACGUUCCGUCCAAUUCCGGCGCUGCCCAUGGCAAGUCAAGUUGCGGUUUACCUGUUUGACUGCGUGCGACUGCUGGGGUGGAUGUACAACGACUUUUCCUUUAAACAGUCGAAGCGCUGUCUCCUCCAAGCCAAGCAGUCCUGUCCGUCCGAGUCUGGAGCCGUCGACGUGACGUGGUUGUGCCAGAGCUUAAACUUGGUCGCCGCGCAUCGCGCGUCGUUGGAGGUGGAUGUGUUCACGAAAGCCCAGUUGCAUCGAUUUGCCCACAUCGACAGGAUAUAUGCGGCGAUGCCAGCGCUGGCGCCGUGCCUCCACCUGAAACGACUCUUGUUCUACAAACGGCCACCCACGCCGCUGCUGCACACGUUUGCGACGCCGCAGGCCAUGCUGUGCGAGCCUGUGCUCACUUUGGUCGAAAAGCACACCAAGUUCUUUCGGGCGUUGUUUCUUAGUCCUAGUUUGAAGAAGCGCACGACGACAGGAGCCAUGCUGCGCCACCUCGUCAUGUCCAAGACGGAUUUCCUCGACAUGGCCAAAGCCGCCAAUAUCUUUCCCACGUUUUUCACUCGACGAGAGCUGCUGUCGUUCUUUCAUCAGUCCAGUUCGAUGGAGGACGUGCUGACGUUCCCCGAGUUUAUCGAGUGCCUCUUUCGUUGUUCGGAGCGGUUUUUCACCGUCGGAAAUGACGACGACGGCGGCGAAGUCAGGUUUCAAGCGCUCGUGAUGGCCAUGGACGGGUACGGAUCGAUUUUGCAGAAGCACUCGGCGCAUGUGGAACGAAACCCGCGAUUGCAGAGUGAGAGCCGAACGCCAAAAGGAGCUCCACCUGCCCAUCCUCGACCACAGGGGCCGUCCCGACCCGUCUCUUUUGUUCAUGAGCCCAGUCCACUCGACGCCGUCUACCGCCCGCCACCGCAAAUCCAACUGUCUAUCAUGGAGAAAGCCCUGCGCAAUGCUCAACUCAAGUUCCUUCGAGGGAAAUACCCCUCCAUUUGACCUUGGGACAGUAGUGAAUGGAAGUCCACAACGGCGAGUGUCGAUGGGCGUCGUGGGUUGGCAAGCAUACCAGUCGCACUCCUGCAAGGAUUCGGCGGCAAGGCAGGUGCAAAUCACCACUUUGGCAUGUAUUUAUGAUGGAAGUGUCGUGGCGGAUUCAAGCGUCUACUGUGCAUCCACAACUUAGCUGGCGGAUCUGCUCUCACGAAGCGAGGCUUUUAGGCCACGAGCUAGUCGGCGCACUAUCGUUCACACGAACGUGCCUUGCCUGGAGUGCGCAUGUGGACUCGUCACACCGGUGCAUUCUGCGUGACCACAAGAAUCCCACCUAUUUAACACUCGAUUGUAUCCUGC